UAAAAACCACAAAAAUAAAAAUAAAAAUAAAAAUAAAUAGAGAAUGAAGAUAAGACACUUGUGGAGAGCUCGUGGUUUAAACACUUCCACUGAAUCUAAACAGCCAUGGCGAAACUCAUCGGACGGCUGAGAUUGAAUUGUACAGACCCAAACCACAUAUAAUAUAAUUAUAUUUAUCCCAAACCUCACACUCCUACCUUCCUCUUGUUUAACUUCCACUACUAUUCCCUUAACAAAAAUCCACACAUUAUCCUAAUCAUGGCUUCCCUAACUAUGAUUUUCGCUCCGGCAGCCGGCGGAAGAGUGUUUGCAGCGACGGCAGCAAAGAGCGCCGGAGGAAGCAAAGAGGAGGAAGGACUGCUAGACUGGAUCUUGGGAGGGCUAGCCAAGAAGGAUCAGCUGCUGGAGACUGAUCCCAUUUUGAAGAAGGUAGAGGACGAGAAGACCGGUAAUGGCACCGGGAGCACCACCAUUCGUGGCCGGAAGAACUCUGUGGCGAUGCCUCCGAAGAAAAAGGGAGUUUUUGGUGGCCUUUUUGCCAAAAAUGAUGAAUGAUAUAUAUGCUUUUAAUAAGAAUUUGAUCAUGAUUAAUUGGAAUUGUUUCUUGUUCCAUUUCUCGCCUUGAAUCCGUUGAAAAUUAUUGUUGUUAUUAUUAAUUACGGAACUCUGAACUCAAGUUGUGUAAUUCUUGUUAUAUAUUAUUAUUUUUUUUCUAAAAUUU